AUGACAAAUACAAAUCCACAAAUUUCUGUUAUUUCUACAUUUAAGCGUCCUAAACUAUAUACACAUAAUUUUGAGAAAAAAGAUGUAGCAGAAAUCUUUUUAAAGCCUUCAUGUGCUUGGAAUACAAGUAAAGAUAUGUCAAAUGUAUCUUCUAUCUUUAAUGGCAAAAUUAAAUGGGAUUCAUUAUCUUUUAAAACAGAUAAUUUUGCUUGGAGGACUGAUUCUUGUCAAAGUGUUUAUGGAUUUAAAGAAAAUGAAAAUAAGGAAACUUAUCAACAAGUAAAAUACAAGAAAUAUUCGCCUAAAAAUAUAAAUAAUAAUUUCGACUUAAGUGACACUCUUAUUCACAAAAACAAUAAUAAAAUAACUGAAAAUUGCGCAAAAAUUAGUAAUAAUACCACUGUUCAGCUAAUUCCUUUCUCUACUACUGCUAGCUCUCAAAAAAUAACUAAUGAACACAUUGAAACUCAAAAAAAUAAUGAGCUUUUAUCUUUUCUAGAGAGGAAAUAUGAAACUAUAACGCCUAAAUUUUCACCACAAAAAAAAAUAGAUUCUAUAUCACCAAUUGCUCGUAACCCAUUUCCACUAACAAUAGUUGGGAAAAGUGUUAUUUCUGGUCUUUCAUCAGAUAUUACACUUCUUAGAACAUGUUUUCGUGUAGGAGAAGCUCUUAAAGUUUUUAACCUUCAACAGAAUUCUAAAAUUUUAUAUUUUAUAGAAUUUUUCGGUAUUAUAAAAGAAUCCGAUAAUAAAAAGGAAUCAACUACAUAUGUUGUUGGUGAUUUGUUUCAUCCUUUAAAAGGUCCUUAUAUUUAUGCAUCAUACUAUGAUAAUAAAACUACAUUUAAAUUUCAGAAUGGAGAAAUGGUAAGAAUUCUAGGAAUAUUUAAAAAAAAGAAAGUAACAAAAAAUGAAUUAAAAGUUGCAAAAAUGUAUUUGAGCACAUGGGAAGAAAUUUACCGCAUUAAAGAAACAAUAAAAUAA